AUGAUUUAUGAAGUAGAUACAUUUUCGAAAUCUGAUAUUUUCUUCCAUCUUGUUGACAAAUAUGUGUAUAGAACUGUGAGUUUUUCCUUGUAAAUCAUAUUUUUCACCCAUUUUUUGUUCAGAAAAUAAAUCAGAAAUUCAAAGAUGAAGUGGCGAAAAUGGAUCCAGAAGAGAUAUUCAAUCGAACAAUCGCAAAUCAUCUUUGUCAAAAACUUUUCGACAAAUCAAAAUCGAUGAAAUAUUUGUAUGGUUCAUCAGACGAACUGAUAUCCACACUGAAUCAAUUAACAAAAUUCCCAGAUAAUUCGGAAUAUUUGGGUUUGAAGGACACCGCAAAUAUGACAUUUUUCGCCCCAUUGAAUGGUAGAAAAGGAAAAGAAUAUUUGUCGAAGAGUGAAGCAUUUGUCGCGUAUUUUUAUCCGAGAGUUGCUAUAUUAUCAACAUCGGAUUUUGAGAAACUUGCGAUUAAUUUUGUUGGAAAUGAAGUUUAUCGGGAGAACAAAGAGAAUUUUCAAUUGAUCGAACGAGAAUAUUUCUGCAUGACUGUGAUGAAACAUUUCGAUAUGAAAAUCAAAAUUGCACGUGGAAUUGAUCAUGUAAAAAAUGAACCAGGGAAUUGUUUCAAUUUGUAGUCGGGAUUUUUUUAUGAAAUUUAUAUUUAUUUUUUGAACAUACAUCUCAUCAAAAAUUUCGAGUGAAAGUUGAACCAGUUUUCUUUUAAUAAUGGAUAGUUUUUCUUUCUAAAAAUAAUCAUUUUUCAGCAUUUCCACAAAGAAAUUCGAAUGAUUCUUGAAAAAGAUAAAAAUUAUGUGAAUGGAAUGGGAAAUCAAAUAAGAGAAAAAGGAAUUUCGUGGAAUGACAAAGAUGAUUCGAUUUUCCAUAAGAUUUUGAAUCACGAAAAAUUGAAAUUGGUUGAUAAUACAAUUGAUGAAGUUUAUGAGAAGUUUGCUGAUCUUUUUGAUAGAAAUUAUGAUGAAAAAUGUUUUAAGAAAUUGAGACAAUUGCUUGAGGAAGAGAAUAAGGUUGGUGAAGAUUUGGUAUUUUAGAGACAUGAACUUCUGAUAAAAAAAAUUGAAUUUCAGCUCCACCCGAUUCGUGAUAACUAUGAUCAUUAUCAACGCAUUUACCGCGACGUUUUGAUAAAUUACCGAGAAGUUCUUCGAUUUUUCUUCAAAUCUGAAACCUUCACAAAAAUCUAUCCGAAUCUUCGAAUUUUUAUCGAUGAAGAACAUGAUGUUGAGCGGAAAUUCUUCCUCGCAAAAGACGUGCUCCGAAUUUUGGAGAUGUUGAUGAGUGAAAAGAAUAGUAGAGUAUUUCCGAAAGGAUUGAUAUCGAUUGAAAAUGAGGAGGAGAGAAAGAUGGGAAUAUUGAGAAUUGUUGAAUAUGAUACUUUUGAACAGAUUUUGAAGGUCUUGAAAAUAUCGAUUGAUGAUAUUAAUGUAAGGUUUUGAAUUUUCAUCUUUAAACACCCAAAAAUCGUUUUUUUUCAGCUUGUCAACGUUCCACUGAAGUUUACUGAUCGUGAAGAUGUGAUUCCAGUCAAUUCUCCCUACGGAACAUAUUGCAAACUUGCAAAACACGCAUUUUGCGAUGUUUUUGAGCAAAUUUCAAUUGGAAUGAAUUUAUGGAAAAGUAUGGAGAAACAGAAUUUCCCGAAAGUUUUUGAAUUUUUCGAAAAAUUGACGGAAAAUGAUGAGAUUUUCGGAGCAAAUCGGGUGAGUUUUGGACAAAAACAUAGAAAAUAGAUAUAUUAUAAAUUCGUUUAGGAUUAUCAAUAUUUCGUGGAAACUUGGAAAAUCGAUGAAAUAAUCGAUUUGGCUUAUGAAGAACUGCUCAAAUAUUCAACAACAAAUAUGUAUGUAUUUCCAAAUAAAAAAUCAAAAAAUACAUAUUCGGAAAAUGAAGCAAUGAAGGAAUUGAAGAAAUUCGCACCAAAUUUUGAAAAUCAAAAAGAGCUUACCGAUUCGUUCAAUUAUUUGGUUAAGAACGAAAAAAGACCGAUAACUCAGAAAAUAAUUGGAUUCAUUUUUGAAAAUGGAAUUCGAAAUGCUUUUGUGGAUUGUCAUCCAAAAAUUGCGAAGUUUGUUGAUAAUCAGAAUUGUCCACGUCGAAUUGAGAUUGGUUGUUGUUCGGAUGUGAAGAAGAUCAGUUUUAGUGAACAUUCGGAAUUGUAUCGAGAAACUAUUAAGUGAGUUUGGAAAGUUGAAGAAAAAUUAAAGUUUAUGAGCUCUGGAAAAAUAGAACAGCUUUAUCUCCUCACAAAGUGAAAUUAUAGGGGAAAAAAAGAAUUAGAAAUUCUUGACUUACCGAAAGUUUUAGAUUCUGAGCUCUCAAAAAUUGCCGUUUUGGCUUGAUAAACUUACUCAACUCACGAUAAUUUUUGUGAAAAAUUCAUCUGAAAAAUAUUUGAAUGUAUUUUUUAUUAUAAUAAUAUUCAGUCAUUAAUUUCAGAAGAGUUAUUUCGCGAUUCGGCAAUGGCACCUAUAUCACAAAACACGAAUUCGAUGAAAUCAUCGAAAAUGAGAUGAACAGUGAUGUGGAACAUUUGGGAAUUGAAACUGAAGAGGAUAAAGCAGCAUAUAUUUUGAAUUUACAAGCUGUCGCUGAAUUUUUCGAGACGAAAACUGUGAAUAAUCAUGUUUUUCUUCGAAAAAAAGAUGCAGAAAUGGAGGAGGCAAAAAUGGAUGAGCAACUCUAUGAAACUCCGAGUUCUUCAUCGGCUGGAAAUUCGAGUGGAAAUGGCGGAAAUCGAAUUUUGAAGCAGAAUCAGAGUCAGAAUCAAACUUUGAAGGAGAAUACCAACAAGAAGCCAUGUCAACUUAAGAAUUCAAAUUCAAAUCAGAAUUCGAAGAUUGAAGGUUCUAGUCAAGCUCAGAAUUCAAAUCAGAAGAAGAAAUUAUCUGAUUUGAAUGAAACGGAAAAAUUCAAUUUGAAAAAAACUGUAGUAUGUGCGCUUUUAAAAAAGCAUUUCGAACAAUUGGCUGAGGAUGAAACAUCUUGUAAUUGUCAAUCUGGAAGUGAAACUCAGGAUCAGAAUAGAGCUCAGAAUUCAGUUGAGAAGCAGAAAACUGGUUCGGAAUCUUGUAAUGGUCAAGCUGGAGGUGAAAAUCAGAAUCAGAACCAAGCUGGUCCUUCAAGAAAUCUUACUGUGAAAGAAGAAUCUUCUGAUAUCCAAUCUGGAAGUGGAACUCAAGUUCAGAAUCAAGCUCAGAAUCCAAUUGUGAAGAAAAAAUCGAGUCAGAAUCAAGCUGGUCCUUCACAAAAUCAAACUGUGAAAAAAGAAUCUUGUAAUGGUCAAGCUGGAAAUCAGUCUCAGAAUCAAGCUCAGGCUCAAAAUCAAGUUUUGAGCUCUCAAGCUAGUAGCUCCUCUUCGAAAAAUCUAAAUCUGGUCCCAAAUCCCUAUGAACAUCCAAUUGCGAAAGAGGAUCGAAUUUUGAGAGAAAAUACGAAUCUGAACUCGAGCCAGAAUCAGAAUCCCACUCCAACUCCAUCUACGAGCCAGGUUUCGAAGGAAGAUCAAAUUUCGAUUCCGAAUCAGCAGGAAAAUCAAUAUAGCAAUGUUUUUAAUGAAGAAAAGCGGGUUAUUCGACAAAUCAACAAAUUGUUUAGGUAAGUAGAAAUUCUUGUUGAUUUUCCUGAAGAUUUUACCCAAAAAUCGAUUUUUUGCAGAGAUCGAAACACGGAAUCGAGACAAACAAUUCGUCGAUUCUUGGAUAAUUUAUCAUUGAACAUUUAA